AUGGCUGGGGAAGUAGGAGAUAAAGAUAUCGUUUGUGAGUGGUUUCUCGGAGAAAAAUUUCCACCUCACGCAGCAGACAUUCUUACUAAACUUCAACGUCACGAAGGGACAAUAAAGUCUUUAACCUUUAGCAAUGAUGUCAAAGAUAAAGAUAAGAAAAGAGUGUACGCCCUUGUAUGUGAAACGUUAAAAUAUACGGCCCCACUCACAACCAUAAUCAACAAGACGAAUCUUCUCGCUCAAGAAAAGAGGCUAUAUUAUAACCUUGCUUUGGUAUUACUUCACGAUCUGCUUUUUACUAAUCAUGGGAUUCAAGCAUCAGAUGGCAUAUACAGAAGAGCUGUUAUAAAACAUGAAAUUCAAUUAAGAGCCGAAUUGGUGAGAUUGAAAAUCCGUAUGCGUGUUAAAAGUAAUGAGGAGUUGAUACCGAAAGACAUUAGAAACAGUGUAAAUGUACCGCGUUUUGUGCGUGUAAAUAUCUUAAAGACCAGUGUCGAAGAAGUUAUUAAGCAUUUUUGUGAGCAGGAUGGAUACCGGUGUAUCGACGAACCUGAUUUUACGGAUUUAAGGCAAACUAUUAAGAGGGAUGUCCAUAUUCCAGAUCUCCUUGUCUUCCCACCUAAUACGGAUCUUCACGAUCAUGGACUUCUUCUAUCGGGGCAUAUAAUCCUUCAGGACAAAGCAUCUUGCUUUCCAGCCUACAUUCUCUCACCAUCAAAAGACGCACAUGUAAUUGAUGCAUGUGCCGCACCAGGAAAUAAGACUUCCCAUUUAUCAGCCAUUAUGGAAAAUACUGGGAAGAUAUGGGCGUUUGACAUUGACAGAAAGCGAUUAGACGUCCUAAAGGCUUUGACCGAACGAGCUGGAUGUAAGAGUAUCCUUUUAUCUGAAGAAGAAAACAUCGAAGCUAUUCAUCGCUCUUUCUUGAAUGUGGAUCCGAAGGAUGACAAAUUUGCAAAUGUUGAAUAUAUUCUUUUGGAUCCUUCUUGCUCGGGAAGCGGGAUUAUAAGCCGAUUGGAUUAUUUGAUAGAUUCGUUGGAGAAUAAUCUCGUGGUGUCAAACAAAGAGCAAAAGACAUGUUAUUCAAAAGAUGCGCGGUUACAAAAUCUGAGUGAAUUCCAAACUCAACUAAUUCUUCAUGCAUUCAAAUUCCCUUCCGUUAAGAAGAUCACUUAUUCGACGUGUUCGAUAUAUGCUGAAGAGAAUGAGCGUGUUGUUAAGGAAAUACUACAUGUGACAGAUGAUUUUGUUCUUGCUGACAGGAACAAAGUGAUUCCCUCCUGGGAACGAAGAGGUGAUAAUAAUGAGUUGGAUGAAGCGCAAAAGCUUAUCCGUACAUGCCCAGAGGAUUCAACCAACGGAUUCUUCGUAGCCUGUUUUGUAAGGAAAGUCAAACACUGUGGUUCUAAUAUCAAUAAGCGGGAACGACAACAUAAGAGCGACGAAGAAUACAUAGUUUCUAAUGACGGGGAGAGUCGAGGAAUAUAUCCUCCUGAAGAUUUCAAAAUGGUUAAAAGAUACGGACUCAAUAUACUCGUGUCUGCUGAUGAGAAUGUUAAGUGUUAUUUAAAAAAAGUCUUGUCGCAGGUCGAAGCUUGGUUAAUGGCAAAGAAAAUAAGCAAAUUGGUUCUGGCCAUAAUAUCAUGCGAUACUCGUCAGACUCUGGAGAGAUGGCAAUUUGAUGUACACGUUGUCAAGGAUAACGAGACCGAAGAGACUUCAAGAGAGACCGUGAAACCAAGGAGUGAGGUCAAUGCAGAGAUACAAGCGAUAAUAAGACAGAUUACGGCGAGCGUCACUUUUUUGCCCUUGUUAGAAGACAAAUGUACAUUUAAUAUUCUCGCAUUCACUGACAAAGACGCCGAAGUUCCGAAUGACUGGGGAGAUUCCGAUGCGCACUUAAUUCAGAACGCGGAGCAAGUCCGCUUGCGUUCAUUUUCCACCGACUUUCACAAGAUCGAUGCCAUGGUUGCAUAUCGACUUGACGAAGAAGGAAUAUAA